GAUACUAUUAUGUUCCCAACGAUGUUCGAGGUUAAACUCGUUAUGAGAGUAGCUUCGGCCGGCUCCACUUUGGCGAUUGUGGCCUGUUUGAAGGUUGUGCCUUUACGGUACGACACUAUCAAUGAGAACUACGACGAUAUUCUCGACGGACUCUCAGCGAUCCGUGAUGACAUCGAUUUCACAUGA